CAAGGAAGCCGCAAGCAGCGGGAACCAACACGUGUGGUCUCUUAUACAGUGAACGCUGCAAAAACAGGUACCUGGUGAGGUGGCAGCUAUUGAACUAUGGCAUUCAACAAGAUUUGGUAUAUUGUAGCCCUUGGAUUUCUACUGCCUUUUUCUUAUGCCCAUACGGACUUCUUCACUUCCAUUGGUCAUAUGACAGACUUAAUUAAUACAGAAAAAGAUCUGGUGGUAUCACUGAAAGAUUAUAUCAAGGCAGAGGAGAGCAAGCUGGAGCAGAUCAAAAAAUGGGCAGAGAAAUUGGAUCAGCUGACAGAUACUGCUACAAAAGACCCAGAGGGAUUUUUGGGACAUCCUGUAAAUGCAUUCAAGUUGAUGAAGCGGCUUAACACAGAGUGGGGUGAGCUGGAGAACCUGGUUCUGAAGGACAUGUCAGAUGGCUUUAUCUCCAACAUGACUAUCCAGCGCCAGUUUUUCCCAAAUGAUGAAGAUCAGACUGGUGCUGCAAAAGCUCUCUUGCGGCUUCAAGACACGUACAAUUUGGAUACAGACACCCUCUCAAGAGGCAAUCUCCCAGGCGUAAAGCACAAAUCCUUUUUAACGGCUGAGGAUUGCUUUGAGCUGGGAAAGAUUGCCUAUACUGAGGCUGACUACUACCAUACCGAGCUCUGGAUGGAACAAGCUCUGAAACAGUUGGAUGAGGGAGAAGUUUCUUCUGUGGAUAAAGUCUACAUCCUGGACUAUCUGAGUUACGCCGUGUAUCAGCAAGGGGAUCUGAGCAAAGCAGUGAGGCUCACCAAACGCCUUCUUGAACUGGAUCCUGAACAUCAAAGAGCAAAUGGAAACAUGAAAUAUUUUGAAUAUAUCAUGGCUAAAGAAAAAGAAGCGAACAAAUCUAGUCCGGAGUCAGAAGACCAGGCAGAGAAGGAAACUGAGGUUAAGAGAAAGGAUUACCUGCCUGAAAGAAGGAAGUACGAAAUGCUGUGCCGUGGGGAGGGUCUCAAAAUGACCCCGCGGAGGCAAAAAAGACUCUUCUGCCGCUACUACGACGGAAACAGAAAUCCUAGGUACAUUCUGGGUCCUGUCAAACAGGAAGAUGAGUGGGACAAACCUCGAAUCGUUCGUUUCCUUGAUAUCAUCUCCGAUGACGAGAUCGAAACUGUGAAAGAGCUAGCAAAGCCAAGGCUGAGGCGAGCCACCAUUUCAAACCCCAUAACAGGAGUCUUGGAGACGGCACAUUACAGAAUUAGCAAAAGUGCUUGGUUGUCUGGCUAUGAAAGCCCUGUGGUAUCGCGCAUUAACACAAGGAUACAGGACCUAACAGGACUGGAUGUCUCCACAGCAGAGGAACUCCAGGUAGCCAACUACGGCGUAGGAGGCCAGUAUGAGCCUCAUUUUGAUUUUGGAAGGGUAAGUCCUGUCUUCUGUCUCCGUCUCUUUCUUCUUCACAAGCAAUGUGUUUCUCUUUUUCAGGUGGCAAAUUAUGGAGUGGGAGGACAGUAUGAACCCCACUUUGACUUUGCACGGAAAGAUGAGCCAGAUGCUUUUAAGGAAUUGGGAACAGGCAACAGAAUUGCUACUUGGUUGUUUUAUAUGAGCGAUGUGUCAGCAGGGGGAGCUACUGUCUUUCCUGAAGUAGGAGCUAGCGUUUGGCCUAAAAAGGGCACAGCUGUAUUCUGGUACAAUCUCUUUCCAAGCGGAGAAGGCGACUACAGCACACGGCAUGCGGCCUGCCCAGUACUAGUUGGAAACAAAUGGGUAUCCAAUAAAUGGCUCCAUGAACGGGGACAGGAAUUCCGAAGACCGUGCACUUUAUCAGAGUUGGAAUGAUGCAGAGUCCUCCUUUUUCUCUUCUGUAUUCAAUUUGUGUAAAAUGCACACAUCUCCUACAGUUUACAAUUGACUAACACUCCACUACAGGUUCAGUCUUCAACUACACCCAUGUUUCAUCUGUGGACAAAACAAACAUGCUUUUAGUUCCCUCUAAAAUAUCCCGUUAUGGUUUUAUACACAGAAUAUAUUGAUUUUAAAGGUCUAUGAGUGUUACAAAAAGAAAAAAAAGGACAAAAUACAGAUCAGAGCCACAA